AUGGUCGCCGACACCAUCCACGUAGGCACCCAUGCUGCAGGACACCAGUCUGUCCAUAUCUUUGGCCAAGAACUCAUCCUCGAUAUCUCCAUCCCCGCCCUCAUCCUGUCCACUGUCGGAGCAGCGUUCCUUUUCAAGUAUGCUUUUUCCAUCUUCCGGCUCUUCCUCGAGCUCGCCAUCUUGCCCGGUAAAUCCAUCAGCUCGUUCCGAUCGCGAAGCGGUGAGACAUGGGCGGUAGUGACCGGGUGCACCUCUGGUAUCGGCCUUGAAUUUGCAAAGCAGCUCGCUGGGAAAAAGUACAACUUGAUCCUCGUUGGGAGGAGGCAGUCUGCUCUUACCGAGCUUGGCAAGGAAAUUGGUAACACCAAGUAUAGCGUCUUGACCAAGUCGGUUGUCGUCGACGUUUCUACGCCCGGUGCUGCUCGUGAUGGUGCUCUCAACCAGUUGGAGCUUUUGGCAAAGAACCUCGACAUUGGAGUUUUGAUCAACAACGUCGGUGCUUCCCACACCAUGCCUGUAUCUUUUGCUGAGACCGAGCGAGCCGAGAUCGACCGUAUCAUCGAGACCAACGUCACCUGGACUUACCUCAUCACCCGCACCCUUCUCCCCUCCAUGAUCACCCGCUCCUCCCCAACCGCCGCCUCCAAAUCCCUCAUCCUCACCAUCGGCUCCCUCUCCGGCCGCAUCCCCUCCCCCCUCCUCGCCUCUUACUCUGGCACCAAAGCCGCCCUCUCCACCUGGACCAAAGCCCUCGCUGAAGAAGUGCAGCCCCAGGGCGUGGUGGUCGAGCUCGUGCAGGCCGCUUUCGUGGUAUCAAACAUGUCCAAAAUCAGGCGUUCUUCCGCGCUUGUGCCUACUGCGCGAGACUUUGUGAAAUCUGCGCUCGGGUCGAUUGGGAGGCCUGGGGGAGCGCAGGGGCGGCCGCAUGAGAGGACACCGUAUUGGACGCAUGCUUUGUUGGACUAUGCGGCGGGGUUUGCGGGGUAUGUGAGUGAGAUUGUGGCGAUCAAGGUCAUCUUGUCGAUGCACAAGGAUAUCAGGAAGAGGGCGUUGAGGAAGGCUGCGAGGGAGAACAAGAAGGAGUAG